GCAUGCGUUCUAAGCAAUCGAAAGAGAAAAGAGGGUCAACACGGCAGCAAGUCAGACGAUCGCCAAGCUCGCGUUUCAUUCAUUCUCUGGGCGAAGGAAAAAGCCCCAGACACCGACCGCUUCCCUCAGAAACCACUCAGAUGUGUUGGAGGAAGGGUCCCGCGUUCCGACUGAGACGACUGACGCAUACAAAGGGCCGUGAAACCCGCCAGUUCGAAAGACAACACCCGAGGCUAAGGACGCUGUUGUUUGAAAAUCCUUCCCGACUUGCAUUUUAAAUAGCUCACAUCUGUCGACUGGAAAAUCAUUUUUUCCGGCAACGUUUUAGAAAAUCCGUGGUCAAACCCUACCAGAGUCGUCUCCCAAAGUGGUCUGCUACCGAAUUCCGGAAUUCUUUUACCCAAGAAGCUCUCCUCAGUGAAAAUAUUCGACCGAACUCGGUCGGUUAUGACCCGGGGUGAAUUUUGAUCUCGUCCGGUCCACCAUCUUGGUAUUACAGCCACCCCGAACUGGUUUUUCCGCGCCAAUUCAGCUCUGUUUCGCGCGCAGCUCAGGCAUGCAAUCAUGGACCCGGACCUCGAACCAUACCAAGUCCUAGACGAGUUGGGCUCUGGAAGUUUCGGCGUGGUGUACUCGGCCGUCAGCCUGAAGAAUAGUAAGCACUAUGCCAUCAAGAAAAUCAAGUGCACAAAUCCCGAAAACAUCGAGAUAGCCCUGCAGGAGAUGUGGACUCUGACUCGCCUCACAGACCACCCAAACAUAGUCAAGAUGAUCGAAUGUUACCUACAGAACGGCGGGAUCCACCGUGUCAAACAUGGUGAAGAUGACUACCUGUGUUUAGUAGAGGUCUGCCUGAAGGGGAAGACAUACCACCAACUUCCCUUCUCGAACUCCCACAACCCCUGUGGCAAACAGCUGGGCCCCAACAUCCCCCAUAGCCAGCUGAACCUUUGGCUAGUGAUGGAAUAUUGUAAUGGAGGAACCAUGAAUGACUAUCUUCUGGAGAGAGAUCCUGAUCCAGAGACAAAUGCCAGGUUCAUGACACAACUUUCAGGGGCAGUAUCCUUUCUGCAUAACAACAAUGUGGUGCACAGGGACUUGAAACCAGACAAUGUGCUAGUGUGCCAACCAGUAAAUGGGGAUCCACCACUUGUGAAAAUCGGGGACUUCGGCCUCUCCAAGAUAUGCAAUGCGAGUAACCUCAGCCACAACACGGACAUCAACACCUACCAAAUGAACUCUGCAUGUGGAUCAGACUACUUCAUGGCACCUGAGGUCUUCGAGGGGAGCUACACUGCCAAAGCUGACAUUUUUGCUCUGGGGAUGAUAUUCUGUUCCAUGAUGGAGAGAACUACAUGUUACGACAAGGAAAGCAAUAAACUGCUGCUCGUCACCUGCAUCACAAAUGGCAAGGAGAAUGUUCCAGUUGGAAAGGCUCUCCAGGACGACCCAAAACUGACAUUUGAAGUCUUGAAAUGCGGACGGAACAACAGACUGAAGACCCUUGUGCAGUCCAUGGUGGCCAUCAAUCCCGAUGAGAGGCCUGCUGCAGAUGAACUACACAAAAAGCUGCAAGAUGUUGUAAAAAGGCAGCCUGGGUGGACUGUGUGUGUGACAUCUCAAAGGAGUUCCAGAGGAAAGCGGAAGCGGAGAUACACAGUAUCCUAACAGCCAGUUGGCUGCCACCUGAAGACAACAUGUCAGGUGUCAACCUGAAGACAAGAAGUCAAAAGUUUUAUAUGUACUCUAUAGGAGACAUUUUUCGUUCAGUUGCUGCUCGGUUUAUAUUAACGUUCCCUUGGUACAGAAAAUCGAUAUCUUUCGUUCGAAGUUUAUGUUGUACUCUCAAGAUUCUCCCAUCAAUACUUUUAUCUUUGGUUUAUUUGUUAAUGAAAUACAUUGCAAUAUGGUAGUCAAUAACUAUACUUCCAAAGUCUUCUCACAAAUUGUACAAUACCAUUGAAUGGAAUUUAUAUAAGGUUCAAACAUCUAUAAUGUAUGGAUUUUAGAUGGAAUUGACAAGGAGGAAUAUGUAUUACAUUUUGUAUCUUUCUUUGAACCAUCCAAAUGACCAGGGGCACAGUUUCCCCCAGAUCUAUGGCUUUGUAGAGGAUGUACAACUGUAAACAAAGCAAAAUACACCAGGAAUCUGUUGUAGUUUAUCAUUUAUUUUUACACAAUGAAAUGGUCAGAAUUGACAUUUUGAUUGACAUUUUGUAGUACACAACAAAGGAACUUUUACUAUAAUUAUAAAGAAAAAGUCAUGCAUAUUCCUGACAAAAUAUUACUGAUGUUCUUUGACAUAAUCUGAGGAAAAAAAUUAACCAUAUACAAAAUUAGCUUCUAUUUAACUAUUGUUGAGGUUCCUACAUGUAUUCUUGUUGGGAACUCGAUUUGGUCAGAUAUCCAAUGUUAGCACCUUGAUGGUCAUUAAGUUGAGGGGAUUUUAUUGUAUUGACUUUUCUCUAAGACUUUGGAUACGCUGCUAUUACCAUGAAAGCUCUUUGGUGCAAUUUAAAGUGUGAACAGACAGUACUUAGUAUUAGGUUUUGUUCCAUACCAUUCCAAGUGUUACAAGCAACCUUUCAGCUAGGUGUGUAAGGCUAAGAGCACUAACAUUUUGUUAUAUGUUAUUAGUCCUUUUUUGACUGGUUUAUUUUACUUGACAGCUCAAUUUGGGUACAUGUAUAACUCGACACGAAGUGAAGAUUUUAAUAUAGGAAAGGCACAAAACAGAAACAAAUGUUCAUUUAUGAAAAUUUGAAUAAGAACAAGUAUUGUUUUGUAGAAGACUCCUCAGGAUGGGAAGUAUAUACGUUAGGGGCUAUCAUGCUAAAAGACACCCUACUCCUGAUAUUGUGAGAUUAUAACUAAGCAGUGAAAUUAUCGUAUACUAUAUUCAGUUACAAAUUGAUAAUUAUAUUUGUACUGUAUUAACAUUCAGUGUUGCGAUCUUUGCACUUCUUUUAUUUGCAAGAAAACAUUUGCAGCAUUCCAUCUUGCAGGAAAUUCAAAGUCCCUUGAGAUGCCAGAUCACAGCAGUAUAGUUAUUUUGUGCAUGUCAGUCAGUCCUUGUGUAAAAAAUGUUCCACCCUAUCGCUGCUACAUGUAGUGUGUGGACACUGCAAAUACAUGUCCAUCUCCUGUUACUUUAAAUUGUUGUAGACUGGUGGAUGAAUAAAUUUUUAAAUGUA